AUGGAAAAGCAGGCAAACAGGGCAGAGCGACUUGGUGCAUUACUGUCAUCACGCAAUGCUUUAGUACGACAUGAAGCUGCACAAGCUCUUGGCCAUUUCCCGCUUACAAAUCCUCAUGUUAUUGAUAUUCUAAAGAAUAAUUUCCAAUCAAGUGCAUGGGAUACACGAGAGGCAGCAGUUGAGGCAUUCCGAGCCAUUCUUAAAGUCAUGCCUUCCAAAAGUCAAAUUGUCUCACCGCUAAUCGAUAAUGUUUCCCGAUUGAAUCUGGAAGAUGUUGUACGCACCUAUCAUCCAUUACUUAGUUGCGAAGCAGAAUUGGUAACACGAAUAGGUGUCUGUAGUUUCGGUGAACAACGGAAAUUGGUUGAUGAACAACUUGAUUUCCAAUCUGUUGUUGGUAUCUCAUCUGGAACGUUUCUUUCGGAGGAUGAUUUCACUUCGUCUGGAAAUAUCAAGGAGACCAUUCCAGAGAAAAAGUUAGAUCUUGUAACUGCCGAUACUAUUGGUUGUGACGACAAUUUGGAAGAGCUAGAUGCAGCAGUAUAUUCACUCUGUAUCCAAUUGAUGCGUGAUGUAGUUGAUGUGAAAUGGGAAAUUCGACAUGGAGCUGCCUUGGCGAUAGCCUGUAUCUUAACAAUUGCCCCAUCUCGGCUUUCUCCAUCAUUGGUCGAUGUUUUAGCAACUAGACUUCUUCAAGCUGUUGCGCUCGAUAAAUUCAUUGAUUUUUCUUCCGGAAGAACAGCAGUAGGCCCAGUUCGCGAAGCAGUUGCAGAAUGUAUUGCGCGCCUGACAAUGGUUUUUCCAUCUCCAGAAUUCGUGGAUAUCAUUUUUGACCAUAUAUAUACGUUGCAUAAAAUGACCUGCAGUAUUCAUGCUGAAUGUCGAAACGCUAAUAAUUUGGAGUCUCAUAAACAUACGUGGUUCCAUCGUCAAGCGGCAUUGUUGAUAAUAAAGUAUCAUCUUGCCGGGCCAUACUAUGAUGUUAAGUUCAAUGAAAUCUUCAAAUUAUUAUUGUGUUCAUUUGAGGACUCCCAUGACGAGGUAUGUGCUUCAGCUUUGUCUGCGAUAACCACUCUUUUUUGCAAAACUAAUUUGAAGCCAGAAGUAUCGGAAAUGAUCUCACAUGUGGAACACCUGUUGGAUAUUGACACCGUAGCAGUUGAUCUUUCUUCGUUGUUAGUUAUCUGGUUGCAAGGUGAUCUGACACGAAAAUUACCCUACCCCGUGUCGAAUAACCUUUCUCGUCUUUUGGAUCCGCUGCAUAUCACUUUAUCGCUCAAAGUAAUCAGUGUCUUUUCUGUGUCAUUCUCUAGACCAGCGCCUUUAAAGGACCAGAACGAGUGUAGUGAAUUUGAAAAAUGUACAAUGUCAAUAUUAGCGUCUUUAUUCCGUAUUGUGCUUUUUACUGCACCACAAAAUACGGAGAAUCUCAUCGAAGCUUGUAUAUCAUGCGGAUAUCGUAUCGUCGAGUAUUUUAUAUUUGCAAAGCAUUUACCACAAGCUUUAGUUGAAACAAUUGGUCGUUGGACCGCUUGUCUUCUCAUUGAUGCACGAAAUGCAGAAAUUGAUCUCGAAAAAUGCAAUGUGAGUUCAGGCUCUAGUCGAAAUUCGACAGAAUGCCUAUGUGGUGAUGAAAUACGAUCUUUGAGUGAUAUGAUUCGGAUUGAUAUUGUCCUAACGCGUAAACUGCAUGUGGCCCGUUUUCUAGCUCCUCUGAUUUCAGUUAUUUAUAAUUUUCCUUCAAAAAUAGGCGAUCAGUCAUUGAAUGAAGCAGUCCAACUGCUAAUUACUCCUAUGAUGAAGUCUAUAGUAAUAAUGCAUAGGCUUGGUGGAGUACUGCUAAGUCAUGCUUGGUUUACAUAUAUCUGGAGGUCAGGAAUAACAAUUGAUAUUCCCAGUUAUGUAGCAGAAAUGCUUCACAAUUUAAUUAUGUCACCAAAUGCUGCUUAUGAUGACGAGAAGAUGUUUUUUUUAUAUCUCGAUAAUGCUUAUAAAGAUUUUGCAUCAUACUGUCGGAGGAAAGGAGUUAGUACAGCUCAGUUAUUCGAUGUGGAAGGACAUGGAGAUACUGUUGAUAACAAUGCAAGUGCACUUUACGAUAUCUGCUACAAUAUUUUGAGUGAUACGAACGACAAAGAAAUAUUGCGUUUGAGGUAUGAAAGUUUCAAGUAUGCCGUUGCAACAGCUAGAGCAGUGAUGACAUCAAACAUUUCACGUGUUAAUGCACUGACUGUUUCUUCCUUGCUCUUGAUUUAUCCGAGAUCUUUGUUGGAUUCUCCAUCAUUGAAUCCUUUUGUAAAACCUCUGAUGGAACUUAUUCGUUUUGAAGAAAACGUAACGUUUGCUCAGUAUGCUCUAAACUCAAUACCAAUUCUGUUUCGAAUAGCUUCCGAAAAACAACCUAAUCCUCAUGCCAAGAUGAUCAAGCAAAUAGUUGUGAGUUUGGUUUCGUGUGCUAAUCGAUUCCCUCCAGAAACUGAUAGAGAAGAAAUAGUUUUAUCACAGUCUGUAAGAGGACUUUUUUCUUCACGAUCUCAAAAUGCAGAAUACGUCAUUCGUAUGUUGGUAACACCCAUUGCUGGUACCGAUAUGGCUUCUCUUUUGGAUUUUAGAAAUCGCAGUUCCUUGAAAGAAUCAGCUAUGUUUAUGAUGGCUUAUACUGUUUUCGUUGAUGAAAGUAGGAUACAACGACGUGUUCCGCCUCACCUCUCCGAUAUUGUUUUGGAGCUUGCAGUACACUUGACAUCAGAAAAUGCGGUUGUUCGAUAUUGUGCUGCUCAGUGUUUGAGUAAUAUCGCUCGUAUAGACGGAUUUCUUCGGCCAGUCUUACAAGCUGCUGUAGCACCAUUGCAGAAAAAAUUACGCACGGGAGAAACACGGACGCACGUUCGAUGCGGGCUUGUAGAACUGAUUUUUCUUCUUAGUGGCUUCCAUGUGGAAAUGCUGGGAGGUCUUCGUUUGUUGGCUCCAUUAUCUCUACGUCUUAUGGCAGAUAGCUCUCAAAUUAUACGUGAAGCAGCCGCAAUAUCUUUUCGUAAUUUUGUACCGUUGAUGACAUUAAAAGCAAACCGAAGAAUCGAAGGACAGUCAGUUCUGGAAAAUGAUGUAGCAGAUGAAAUUUUUGGUGAUAAUACUCUUGAUCUGCUGUUGGGUGAUCCUACUCAGUUACCAGAGUUACGGUUGACUGAUAUCAAAGGACUAAAUUCUUCGACUUGUUUACGCCAGUAUCAGCAAGAAGGUAUUCGGUGGAUGUCAUUUUUGGAAGAGUAUGGAUUAAGUGGCAUACUUGCUGAUGAUAUGGGACUUGGUAAAACCCUUCAGACACUUUGUUUAUUGGCAAUGAAAAUCUACCGUAAACUUCAAGCAAAAGUUUGUGAAAUAUUGAUAGUCUAUACCGAUCUAAUCAAGUUUACUAUUAUUGAUUUGAUUGUUUUUCGGUCUAAUAAUGUUCUAAUUGUGUGUCCUCCAACUUUGGUUAAUCACUGGUGUGCUGAAUGGUCGAAAUUUUUUCCAAGCUUGUCACCAUUUCAUAAAAUCGAGGAGGGCUGUAAAGAAAAUAAAUUGAUGGAUAAGUUGCAAGAAGUUAUAGUUAUGUCGUACAACACCGUGCGGUUUUGCACGUAUGUUCAGGAUAUAGAAUGGUACUACUUGAUCUUAGAUGAAGGUCACAUGAUAAGAAAUCCUACCACUCAGUUAUUCAAAACUUUAACUAACAUUAAAGCUCAAAAUCGUCUCAUACUUUCUGGAACUCCUGUUCAGAAUACUCCAGUAGAUCUUUGGGCACUUUUUCAGUUCCUGAUGCCUGGUUAUUUGGGGACAAUGAGACAAUUUAAGUUGACCUUUUUAAACGCAAUAAAUGGGUCACGAAAUGUUAAUGCUUCCGUUCAGGAAAUAAAGGAGGGCCAGGAUGCGUUGGAGCGGCUACACAAAUCAAUUUUGCCAUUUGUUAUGAGGCGCCUAAAAACAGACGUGCUUGAAGAUCUACCUGAGAAGAUUGUGCAAGAUUAUAUGUGCAACAUGACCACUGUGCAGCGCUCUAUAUACAACCAUAUUGUCAACUUGUACCAAUCCGCUCGUCGAACUUCUAAUAGUCCAAGUUUUUGUGCUCUAGAAACCAUUGCCGAACUUCGGAAGUGUACUGUUCAUCCUUCUCUUGUGAGUCACAAAUCGUUGAAGGAUUUGGACAUAGACAAGCUGCAGGGUUGUGUUGAGGAAUCUGGUAAAAUAAUCGCUUUGAGGGAACUUCUUAAAGAAUGUGGCAUUGGUUCACGAGAACAUUAUACACUGUCUGAGGAAUCUGCAGUGCAAGAUAGUGAAAUAUCAGAAACUGAUAAUGGCCAUCGCGCACUUAUAUUUUGUCAGCGAUUGGCCACAGUUCAGCUACUUGUGAAUCUAUUUAGCUCUGGAGAAUUAGGAUCUGAUAUAAGAUAUGCUGUGCUGGAUGGCACGGUACCCGUGAAUGAGAGACAUGCUGUUGCUGAAAAAUUCAAUGUCGAUCCUAGUAUACAUGUGUUAAUUCUUACGACAAAUAUAGGUGGCGAAGGACUCAAUCUAAUCGGAGCCGAUAUUGUUAUUUUUUUGGAACACGAUUGGAAUCCGGUGAAAGAUUUGCAAGCUAUGGAUCGAGCUCAUCGCAUUGGACAAAGAUGUGUCGUGAAUGUUUAUCGAUUAAUUACCGAAAGUUCUAUCGAGCAAAAAAUUAUGCGAUUGCAGAAAUUCAAGACAGAUACAGCUAAUGCGCUAGUUGGUGCAGAUAACCGUUCUUUGCAAACGAUGGCUACAGAACAGCUUGUGGAACUUUUUGCGAUAGACGAUGUAUUGCCUGAAACUAGUCUUGAUGCGCGCCCUUUAAAAAAAUUACGUGAGAGUGAUGCACCCUCAACUUCUGAUCAAUAUUUCACAAAUUCGGACAUCGGAAAAAAGUUAAACAUUGAAGAAUUAUGGGAAUUGUCACAGUACGAUCGUUAUAAUGCUUCUUCAAUAGCGCACUCCUUCGAUUUACCUGGAUUGGACGACAAUUCUUCAUUAAUUUCGGAUACCUCUGGCAGUAGUGGCAUUAUUAACAAUAGUAGUGCCUGUAAAAAACUUCGGCUUGAUAAAUGA